AUGGAUCGCCUCCUGUCUCCCAACAAUGUGACGGAAUUUAUCCUGUUAGGACUCACACAGAAUCCAUAUUUGCAGAAAAUAUUCUUCAUAGUAUUUUUGUUCGUUUUCCUAUUUACUGUGCUGGCCAACCUGUUGAUUGUCAUUACCAUCUCCCUUAGCCCCACUCUUUCUGCUCCCAUGUAUUUCUUUCUCACUUUUUUGUCAUUUAUCGAUGCCUUCUACACCUGUGUCACCACUCCCAAAAUGAUCAUUGACUUGUUGUUACAGAGGAGAACCAUCUCCUUGGGGAGCUGCCUGACUCAACUCUUUGUGGAACACUUCUUGGGAGGAUCAGAGAUCAUCCUUCUCAUUGUCAUGGCCUAUGACCGCUACGUGGCCAUCUGCAAGCCCCUGCACUACAUGACCAUUAUGCGACAAGGACUCUGCCGCCUUUUGGUAGUGGUGGCCUGGAUCGGGGGGAUCGUGCACGCCACUGUGCAGAUUCUUUUCAUGCUCCACUUGCCUUUCUGUGGUCCCAAUGUCAUUGACCACUUCAUGUGUGAUCUCUUUCCGCUUCUGAAACUUGCCUGCAGUGACACCUAUAGGCUCGGAAUGGUAGUGGCCGCUAACAGUGGCGCUAUGUGCUUGCUCAUUUUUUCCAUGUUACUGGUGUCCUACGUAGUCAUCCUGAAUUCGCUGAAAUCCCAUGGCUCUGAAGGACGGCGCAAAGCGCUCUCUACAUGUAUUUCCCACUUUACUGUAGUUGUGCUCUUUUUUGUGCCGUGUAUCUUCACUUACAUGCGUCCUGUUGUUACCUACCCUGCAGACAAGUUGGUCACUGUGUUCUUUGCCAUCUUCACUCCCAUGUUAAAUCCUAUCAUUUACACAGUGAGAAACACAGAAGUGAAAAAUGCCAUGAAGAGUUUGUUGAAGAAGAGAGUAACUUAG